GUUGUGCAUCUACUUCCCUGAGUGCUGUUCUUGUACGGAGGGUCUGCCAUUACAUAUUCUUUUUCCAACUACACUAAAACAAAAGAAAAGACAGGGAAAACUAUGGUUUAUCUCGCCGAGUACGGCACAGUCGUUGGAAUCAAUCACCGGAGGCCAAUUUCUACGAUAUCAAUUAUACCAAACGGCACCGUUUCAACGGGCUACGUCGUCGUAUUUCUGUGUCGGAGUUGCAGAGAACAUGGCUUCAGUAGCGCCUCUGAAUCAGCUUGGACAGAUUUUCCCGUAGAGAACGCGUACGAACUGUUAGGAGUGUCGGAUACCAGCUCAUUUGCUGAGAUAAAAGCGUCGUUUCGCAAAUUGGCCAAAGAAACUCACCCGGACCUCGCUGAUUCAAGGAGCGAUUCCACUGCAUCUCGACGAUUUGUGCAAAUCCUAGCCGCCUACGAGAUUCUUUCUGAUUCUCAAAAGAGAGCCCAUUAUGACAUGUACCUGUUGUCUCAGAAAAAGCUUAUGCAAAAGCAUUCUCGGCAGGGUUCAAAAUUGCACAUAUACAAAUCACAGGCUACUACGUUGAAGGAGAUGGAAGUUGUUGAAUGGUUGAAGUGGUACAGAUUAGCUAUAAAUGAUAUUUUGUCAGAGAAGAAGGAGAUGGUGGGAACAGGCUAUUUUGAUUUACUUGAGAGAGAUUUUUAUUCAGCUAUUCAUGCAGCAUACUACGGCCCUGAAAUUGAUUCUAUGCCCAUGGAGCUUCUUCCUGACUGCUUUGAGGCUGAGGAGAGGUCCUCUUACGAAACUCAUGAGGUUUUGCACUUGGUUUCAGGCCGUGAUCUUUUUGGGAUGGUAUGCCUAGUGAACAAGAUUCCUGAGAUAUCAUCUAGCAAUAUUGAAACUUUAACUUCUUUUAGAUCCUUCCAUUCAGGCUUGUGUCCAUCCACAACAAAUGUGAACAUCCACAGGAAUACUGAAAGCCCAGAUGAUUUUGGAACUCAUCAAGGUCAUAGCUCUAAAAUUUCAUGUAAUGUAUCAGAUGCAUAUAGAGAUCUAGAAUUGCAUGUCUCUGGGAGAGUGGUUGCUACAGCAUCUAGGGUCCUACCUAGAUGCUAUUCUGGUGCGUUGCAGAAAGAAGAUGAUGUAGAUCACAUUCAUGUGUUCCUUAAUUCAGACGAAGAUCCCAAACAUACCAGUAGUGUCUUUUCCAAAAAUUGCUCUGCAAAUGGUGCAGUUGGAAGCAGAAUUCAUUUGGGAACCAUAUCUGGACUUGGAAGCAGUCCAGACGAAGGUUGUUGUUAUGUCUACAAUAACAGUGGUGCAAAGACCCAUGUUAUUAUGAAACAUAGAACGUUGAUGGUGAAGCAUAUGCACUGGUAUGAAGUGGGUGAGAAAGUUUCAGUUUGUGAGUGUAGAUGCACUAGAGCUCGUUUGCCGCCAAGCAAAUUUUGGCUAUUUGAGCCUCGUUGUGGCUUCCAUGACAUAGGGGGUUGGUAUGUUGAAACAUAUGGCAAAGAUAAGAAUGGUCAUACUAUGCCAUCACAAAGGUUCUGGGAUGGCUUGGAUUAUAGUGAGGAAGCUGACAGUUCUGCAAACUGCAGAAGACUUCAUCCAGCAAUGUAUCUGUUUGGUCUUGCUUAUCGGACACUUGAUCUUGAAUAUGCCAAAGCUAGCAAGAAAACAUUUAAGAAUGGUUUUGGAGCUCAAAUGUUCCGAAUUCUUCACUGGUGCAGGAAACUUGUGCAAUAGGUACAUGAAUAUCCAUUGGGUGGAUGACACGGUCAACGAAUUUACUGAGUCAUUGCUAGACCAAUUAUGACAGAUCAACAGAUUCUUUAAUGAUCUCCAUUUAGUGAUUUUGGAAUAUUUCUUUGUUCAUUUACAAUAAUACAAUGAUUCUCGGGAGGGAUGCUCUGAAAAUACUGAAAGGAAAACUCAUUAGAAGCCUCUAUUAGUUUUAUUUACUUGGCUAGAGUAAAUUCAACUUUUGAUCUGCCUGGUGCUGGAUAUGUUAGCCAAAUACUGAGUUCACUUGGUCAAGGAUUGGCUGCUGGUGCUGUUUUAAUAUUUAAGGAAUCGAUAUCAUGACUGAGCUGAUUAGCACCGACAUUGAUUUUGUCAAGAAUGUUCUCUGGUGCUACUUGUCUCGAAUCGCUGUGCAAUCAUAAUCUUUAUGGAUAUACAUAUAUGGAUUUCUAUAUGUGGAAAAUACCUCUGCUGUUGCCUCUCUGUCAUUGAAACAAAUUUCUUUGUUUUGUUCAGUGUUAUGGAAGCUAGUUGUUUCACUGUGCUAGGAAUUUCAUCACCUCACCGGAAUGGUCGUAUUGCUGAAUCCACUAUCCUGCAAUUUACUUGGCUACCAUAACUCAUGGUAUAUUCCAAUACAAUCUUUUGCUGCUUGAAUAGACUUGUCCCAAUACACAAGUGGAACUUGCAUGUCUCUACUUGUAUAUCUGUCUAUACAUUUAAGCCUAUUUAUCUUGUUCAUGUUGCUGUUCCCUCUGAAUUUAUAUGCAAAUAGUACUAUAACAUGUAGUUU